UUCUCUCGCAAACGCCCGUCCCAGCCGGACGUGUGUGCGUGUGUGGACCAGUGCGCGUAGCGUCGCCCUUCGGCCGUGUGCGGGUUUGUUUUGGGUAGCGCCCUUCAUCACAGAGGGGUUAAUUGAGCCAAUGUAAUUUGGCUACAUUACAACAGUGCGAUAUAGUGUGUAACUUACCCCGAAAACUCUCCAUUGUGCUUCGGAGAACGCGGUCAUUGUGUGUCAAACCAAAACAAUCAAAAAACGGUGCCCACUUUCACUACGGAAGAUCAUUGUUUUUUGUUGUUGUCGCUGCAGCCUGCUGUGUUGUGUGUUUUUUUUUCUAUCGCUGCUCACGCGGCUGUCACUGGAAUUGAGGUUGGAUGUGUUCCGUGCCGCGGGUGUGUCGCUGUGUGUGUGUGUGUGUGAACGGCAACAUUGUGCAUCGAGCUGAAUCAAACAUCAGUUUGUUUUUGCCACUUUCGAGGUGAAAUAGUGUGUAAUUGCAUGAUUUACCCAGGCGGUGGUACAGAACAAUCCGCCACAGCGGUGUUAGACAGAGUUUGUUGUUUUUCGGAGCAGAGCUUGGGGCGUUCUGUUUAUAGUUCGGCGUCGCCAAUUACCACGGCCGCCGGAAACGGUCGAUUUUACAACGAGGCCAGCAGCAGCACCAAACCCACAGCAAACACUUGGUGCCGAAGGUGUGUCAUUCUCGGUUCUCGAUUCCCCCGGGCCCAGCUGCUCCGCUGUCUGUCAGCCGCAUUGUGUUAGUUGGUGGUGGUGGUGGUGGUGGUGAUGUCAUUCGAAACCUUACCCUUUGCCUGUGCGUGUGUGUGUGGCUUCCUCCCGUCCGCGGGUGCAUUUGUCCGCCCCCCUCCCAAAAAAAACCUUUCACCUUGGCCGCUGCUGAUGUCCGCCAAACCUGCCCGCUUUUGGAGGAAAAUGAAAGGCGCUGACGGUGAUGGACGGAUGGGUUCGAACCCUGUUGUAACCAGCUUAUCAGCACCUUAACACGCGACGGUACCACUGAAAAAGGAAAACGCAAGAACAGCCUGCUGUGGUGGAACACCAGGAGCAGCUGUCAAAAAAACAGAAAAAACGCAACAAGUUUGUGCACCGACCAACCGGCACCGGGAAAAGUAGAACACAACCAUAUACACACACACAGACACACCCAUCAGUCCGCGUCUUGUCCGAUAGCGAUGGCCCAUUUUUCGCUCACCGAAAUGCCGACCGACCUGAAGGUGACGGAUACGUUCCCGAAGAGUGGCCGCGUAACGGAGGUUUGCAAAGAAUGGCUCGUGCGGGAGGAUGGUGCCUUAGCAUAUCAGCUGCAGAACCAAGAGAUUAACGAACACUACAAGGGUAACAAACAGCGCAACCAAAUCGUGCGGCAGGACUUCCCCACCGCCCUGUCCGAGCAAAUCCGGGAGAAGGAGGAUGCGGAGCGGCAGGCAGCACUGUACCAUCAGAUGAUAAACGAGCAAGAGGAGAUGGACGCAAAGGUGGCACGCGACAUUGCGGAUCAGCUCAACCGCGAGGCGCAACUGAAGCGCCAGAUGGAGCUGCAACGAGGCGAACUGUUGGCCCGCAAGCUGCAAGAGCAAGCCGUGCUGGGAGAUCGUAGGCAUCCGCCCGGAGUGGCGGGAAGUUCCGGCAGACAUCCACCGUCCGCGCAGGAGCAAAACGCAUUCCCGCUUCCACCUCGUGCGCAUCCAAAGCCAAAGCCCGGACCGGCCACGAACGGCAACCAGGAGCACGCGGGAAGCUCCCACUUUAUGGCGCAUUCGCCACCGCCGUGCGCAGCGCAGCAAAGCAACGAGCCGCCGGGUCUGCAUUACGCCUCGUUGGACCUGAACGCUCCGAAACGUCCGCCACCGCAGCCCGUGUUUCAGAAUGGCCGGGCCGUACCGCUAAGUCCGCCUCACCAUGCCGCCACCGGGUAUCAGGAGCGGCUGGAAGUGUUUCCGCCUCCACCACCGCCGCCAGCAGCAGCAGCUGCAAACUUCAAUCAGUACUCGGACGACGAGGAACCGGUCAGCGGGGCACAGUACGCCAACGUAAACCUGCACUCGCACACGCCGGAGAAAAAGCAACCUCAACAUGCGCCACCGUACCGGCAGCAGCCGGGUCGCUCGUUACAGCAGCAAGCGGCCGAUCUCGUCGACAGCAUCCGGCCGUACGAUGUGCCGCUAUCGAACGACGACUUUUCGUACCAGUAUCCACUGCCACCGACGGUGAACAACAUUUCCGCCCCUUCGAGCAGUAGAGUAGGUGGUGCAGUGCGGUACGGGGGUAAUAGCAAUAAUAAUAUCGUCCCCACGACGACGGAGGCCGACUAUCAGAACAAUACAAACUUUAACAAAAUGUCACCGGAAAAGUACGUGGCGCCGGCAGUGUCAUCGAGCCGUCAUGUCGCUCCCGAGGAUUACGGGCGGCGAAACGAAGCUCCACCGCUGCAGCGAACGUCCGCCAACCCCAUCAACUACAAUCUGUACGAUGAUGACGAUAUUGAUGAGGCGCUGGCAGGCACGAGCGGGACGUUUACGGCGACGCCACUCAAUCAGCUGGGGCUGCCGGUUGAGGCGGGACCGAGCGGCCGGUACGCGAACGGUGGAGCGACGCCCAAGACGGGUCACUCGCAUCACAACCACAACCACAACCACCAUCAUGCGAUCUACCAGAACCAACCUCAUUCGUCGCACGCUUCGCCGAGCCACUCGAAAGCGAGCAGCUACGACAAGACGGAUCGGAUCCGGACGCUGCAGGAGCUUGGGCUGGCGCCGGACGAGAUCCAGGAGAUCGAUAUGCGACUCGAGCAGGAGCUGCGCGAUGCGGAACUGGCCCGCAAGCUGCAAGAGGAGGAAGGCGGCACCGUCGAUCAGGAAUUCAUCGAUCGUAAGGUAGCGAUGGAGGCGCAAGACAAAGAGCUCGCCAAAAUGCUGCAGGAGCGGGAACGGGCCAAGGCAAAGCGAGCUCGCGAGAAGGCCCGACUAAAGAAGGAGCAACGGCUGCAGCAACAAAAGCAGGAGCAACGAGCGGAUGGCACCGUAUCGGAGGAUGACCCGGGUGCAGUUGGAGAAAUUGUUGCUGCUGCUGACCCAAACGCCGAUCCGGAUGCGAUCGUUGACGCUUCCUACUCCAACCCGAUCGAUAUGCUGCAGCAGCAGCAACAGCAACAAAGGCCACCAAAGCUGAUCUCCCCGACCGGCUCUGCCGCCGGUGCGAGAGGAUAUUACGGCGCACCGGUGCCAGUACCGACGACGGACCAUCCACUGCACAACCAUCGCCAGCAGGGAAGCAUUUCAUCGCACGGCUCGGGCUCUGGCAGUAUCGGUAACGGUGGACAGCAGCAGGCAAACCAGUUCGCAGGGCCAAUCAGUGACGAAAACUACUCCAACCCGGUCGACAUGAUUAAGCAGCAGAAGCAGCAACAGCAGCUACUGUUCCAGCAGCAACAGUUGUUACAGCAGCAGCAGCAGCAGCGUGGUGGACCGAACCUGAAGCUGUCCGCGAACGUGCAGCGGUUAAUUGAGAAUGGGCGCAAGGACGAUGAAAUCUAUGUGCUGCCCGUUUCGCAGGAAGACCAUCCGCCCAUGGAGCUGCCCCAGUCGCAGCGUACGCCACCGAGAGGUUCGAUGCAUCCGGCCAACGGUGGGCGGCACGUGUCAUCGCCUGGGUCAAGGAAUCAAUACCUGGACGAUAACAUCGCUGCAAAGAUUGAUCCAACCUUUGGCAGUGGUGCCGGUGGCAUGGGACACUCUCCAACCUCCACCGGGACGUCCUCUUCCGCCGCAAACGCAUCGCAACCAGACAUACUUGAAUUCUCCGACCCCGGGUCCUCUAGUCCAGUGCCGCCACCGUACAUGCCGAUACAGGGUACGCGCCGAACGAACGCGCCCGAUGGCAAGAAGCGCAAGUCGAAGGAGCGCUGCGCACAGCAAUAAGCGAAUGGAAUUGAUGACGCACGGGAAUGACGUACAUCAAACACUGCCCUUUUUCCAGAAAGAACUAUCGAAGAUGUAACGAACCGCAUUUAUUAUGCCGGCCGUCGGCCAGGCCGUGCUGCACUCAGAACUGCCGGCUCAGAAUGUUGUGUGGAGUAUUUAAUUGCUAAAACAACCCAGAGGAGGGAGCCUUUUUGGCAAGUUGGCAGCGCCGUGGUUUAAGCCUUAAGUUGUGCUGAACGUGUUUUGUGUGGUAUGAUUUUAAAUCUCACCAGCCUCACCUAAUAUUUAUCGAACGUUGUGGAUCGGCGGGGGAAGGAGCGAUGAUGGUCAGAGCGUACCGUGUUUUGGUGCUCCGGCUUCGGCUCAGUGAAAUAUAUGUGUUUUAUUUUUUCUCUUUUGUAAUAAAAGCAAUGAGUUGAUAUACAAA